AUGUUCCGAAGGAAAGCCCCGGAAGUGGUGCGGCGUUCCGUCAUGGGGGCAGUUGGUAAAGCGGCGGAGGCCGACGAGACCCUGACGCAAAUUAUUCAAGUCUUUAGGGAUGCGGCGGAGCCCUUUUCGGAUCUUGAUGAGACGAUAGAAGGCACCGUCGCAAAGGAACAGGGCGUGCGGAUGGCCCCCGUGACGUCCCCCACUGUUCUUACUUUCAGAGGCUUCUCCGCCUCGUUGACGUGCCCCAAGAAAUUUUACUUAAUGCAGAACCGUCGAGAUUUGAUACCGAGCAUCUCCAUUGGCGAGGCCGUGCGCCUUGAUGAUGGAGCGGCGUUUAACGAACUUGCGCGGAGGUGGGAUCGCCUCCAGUUCGGUAGUCGGGCCGUCGUUGUGCAUGAGCGGGACUUUGACCAGGCGGUGCAGCGAACAGAGGAGGCUCUUGUGAACUACUUCCAGAAUGUGCACGCACAGUUGGGCGAGCAGGCGCCGGCGCUAACGAUUCACCGCCCUGCCUUUGCUGCGCCGUUUGGUGGAAACACAAUAUCAUCAACGGCAGCCAGCCCGUUGGUGCUUCAGGCACGACCGGCUGUACUGCGUUUUCGCCCCAAAGACAAUCAAUGGGUUAUUCUGGAGACGGCCGCUGUGAUUGACCCAUUUGGGAAUGCCACACGCCUUGCGCAGUGCCUUCAGCGUCUGCAUUUUACAACGCUUGCCUUUCGGUAUUGGGUAACCCAGACGCACAUACCAAUACAAAUACGCAAGCGUUUUCUCAACAUUGACCUUGACACGGUUACAGAGGAAAGUCUUAAGGGUCACCGUCUGGAGUCAACGGCGCAAGUGGCAGUUCCACUUGAUUUAAAACGUAGUGGCUUCCUGCACAUUCGACAGUUCUUCCCGGGACCCGUGACAAUCAUGGAUUGCGAUCCCUCACGUCUCGUGAAGUAUGUGCAGCGGCUUUCAUUGGAGGACAUGUUGGAGGCGGACACGAAUUCCAACCAUAGAACAUCUGGAGCCUUUGAUCUAAGUAACGUCAGUCUACGUGCGGAACCGCUUGUGACGGAUUUGCAACAAGAGGUGGAGAAAUUACAGAAAAGAGGGCUGGAUCAUCGGCACCUGGGCAGUAGCACCUCUAGUCGGGUUGCAAAGAAGAAAGAAACGGAGUUGAAGGAGCUGUUCGCGGCGCAACAAAAGCUUUUAGAAGCCCUCAUUCAUACUCAUACAUUGCGGCUGAUUGAAAAGGGCCGCGAUCCUUCAAACGUGCCGAAGUGGACCAGCUUUGCAUACCUCGACGGUGAAAUUGUGAAGGCCACAUUUGACGAAGGGGAAGUGAGUGACGAGAAUUCAACCGGAAGCAAUAGUGGCCGCAAGAAGAGUUCUUGUCAAAAGAAUAAAAAGAACGGGGAGCAAAGAGGAGCUUCAAGUUGUAGCAACGGCAAUGAAUUGCCUUGUGUGCCAACGUACUCGGAAUUCAUAGGUGCCCAUUGUUCCCGCGGUGAUGUAUGCCCUUUUUACGCGGAGGGUUUGUGCCUGCCAAACAGAAUUGAAGAUCCGUUGAAGCAAUGUGACAACCACCUUUUUAGCCUCCCCUCGACUUCUAUUUCACGCAAGGCGAUGUGGUGGUCGCAGGGGCUUCGUACCGCACGCGAUGUCUUGUAUCAAUAUAAGAAGGGAACUGUGAAACUAACGGCACCGCAGCUGCGUCAUGUGAAGGCCGUUGCUGCUGGUAAGUUGUUUUUAAACCCGAAGGAAAUUGAGAACUUCUUUUCUCGCAUUCGGUAUCCGGUGUUUUUUAUUGACUUUGAGGCGACGCAGUUUGCUCUCCCACCAUUUGAAAAAAUGGUAGCGUACCAACCAACCCCGUUCCAAUUUUCUAUCGAUGUGUUUCAGGAGGACAUACUCAAUGAGACCCCCACCCAUUAUGACUACCUGCACUUCGGCAAGGGAUAUUCCCCCAACGUUGAUCCGCGUCGUGGGUGUGUCAAGGAGUUGAUGCGCAUUGUGCAUUUGGAGCGUGAGAAGAAGCGACUGUCGAUGACAAAGUCGGGUGAGCUUGGGAGAAUAGAGAAGCAAAAGCUGCUUCAAGAGCAGAAAGAAAGGGAGGCUGCGAAGGGGACGAAACGGCGCGGGCGACCGACGGUCAAACCCAAGCCAAUUUGCAUCACGAAAAAUAAACCUUUGCUAGAGCCUGUUCACCCAUACGAUGGGUGUUUCAUUGCACAUUUUGCCAGCUUUGAAAAAUCUUGUUUGGAGAAACUCGGGCAACUGAUGGAUGAGUACAAGGAAGAUAUUAAGCAGUUUUAUUUUUUGGAUACAUUGGAUUUGUUUAAAAGAGCCAUCGUUCAUCCGAAUGCGCAUGGUUCCAAUUCCUUGAAAAAGGUCCUUCCUGCACUUUGUCCAGACUUUCAGUACGGCGUCUUUGGUGAGGAAGUAAGUGGAGAUGAUAUUGACGCAGCGGACAUGGAUGGCGGUAAUGGUGGUAGGCAAGAUGAGCAGAAGGGCGAAAACGCUAUGGGUGUGUAUCGCCUGUGGUAUCACCACGAGGGUGGGGGUUCGCUUAAGGAUCUUCAUCAAGUUUCCAUGAGAGAUUCUCAACGUCGAAGUGCGAAGGGUACAUCUGAGCACGCGGGGAACACGGAACUGGUCUUACCACCAGCUCGGCAAGACUUUCGAGAGAAGGCGUGGACGCUAUUGCGGAUUCAACUUUUAGAGUACUGCUCACUUGACACCAAGGCUUUGUAUGAAAUCAUGCGGCAGGUGUGGCGUGAGAAGGAGUCGGUGAAGGGAAUCAAGCCGGACAAGGGCGGCUGGGUCAUGGCAACCCCGCUCCCUCGGGAGUUUGAAUUGUGA